AAGAAACUAAAGAAUUUAACAAUUUAGUUCAAGAAAUAAAAAUUAAUGAUCCUACUAAAAAAACUUAUGCAGAUACCCUGAAUGAAUGGGUAGAUGGUUAUAUUGAAAAAGUGCAAGAAGUCUUUGGCAAAUGUCAGGAAGCAAUCCAAAGCGGAAAAAUUCACGAAAUGGAUGGCAGCCGAUUUAACGGCAAUGCUGAGACUGGAAAAGCAACUUUCCAAGCAAUUGCUAAUUCUCUUUCU